CGGCGGAGAGAGAGAGCGAGGUAACGAAGUGACCGACACACUCUCGGAAAAGACCACUCUAGCCAGGCAUUCUUUUCUUUCGCUACAUCACCAGCUUCCUAUCCAACUUCGACCAUCCUUCGCUUUGCGAUCGCCGUACCUAUCAGCAGACACCUGACUGCGUCUUCCUGGCCCGAGAGCCUAAAGUAAUAAUAAAUCAGCCACGGACAGAAAAGAUACGGCAAUCCGAAGGGGAAAACGCCUAAGAAGGAGAGGGCCAAAAAAAAAAACGAGUAAUCAAACCCCUAAAAAUCCGACGAGCCAACCCCCGUCAGCAACAGCUCUGCGUACGCGCGGAGUCGACAUCGUCCCGUCUCGCCCAACACCCAGCCUCCUUUCGUUUCUCACCCCUCGCUCCCUUACCACCUUACUCGCUUCACUGCGCCGACGAGGAGGACCGCAAUAAAAAAAAAGACGAGGUCGAACAUCGCAGGACGCUCCUCGCCUCAGCAACGCGCGCUACCCCGGGCACACUCCACCGAUGCGAACCCAGCCAUCCGCACACUCGAGCGUCGACUCCCUUUCCCGUUCCUGCGUAUCUGCUGCGUUCCUGCAUCCGCUGCAUCUCCAUCGCGCAUCACCCGACUCGGCUUCCCAGCGAACUGGCGAUAGCACCCACUACCCGCAUCAUCGACUCCACGACUAACGUGCGACUUGAGCGACUUUUUCCAUUAUCGUGACGCCCCUAAACAACCUGUUCAACCAACGACCGAAACGAUUCAAUUGAUACCCCCCAAAAUUUCGAGCGCACUGGACACGACUUACGAGCAAGUCUCUCUGCAACUGCCGCUCAGCGUGCAGGCCUCGAUUUGAUUCGCCAUGGCUUUUCUUUUCAAGUCCAAGAAGAAUCAGGAUCGAGCUCUUGCAAGCCGCGAUGGAAACUCUGGCGGCUCGCAGGGUUCAAUCCAGAGUCAGCGAGAGAGAAUCGCGAGAGAGGAGAAGAACGGCACUCAGCGCUCAACACCAACCGGUAGCCUGAACUCAAUCGAUCGCGAUGGCAGCGCCGGUGCUGGAAGCCCUGACCAAGGCUACACUCGUCAGCGAGGACCCAGCGUGGACCAAAUACCGACACAAGCGCCUUCAAAUGAUUUGCCUCUUCGCAACGCUCCCCCCGUAUCCUCGCAAAACCAGAUGCCUCCCCAACAACAAAUGAUGAACCCUAAUGCGUCGCUAUACCCCUGGUCGCAACGACGACUGACAUAUACCUCUUCACACCCGAGCCCUUUCCCCCGUUAUGGAGCGGCUGUCAAUUCGGUGUCGUCCAAGGAGGGCGAUAUAUACGUGAUGGGAGGUUUAAUCAAUAGCUCCACCGUCAAGGGCGAUUUGUGGAUGAUCGAGGCCGGGCAGAACAUGGCCUGCUAUCCUCUGGCGACGACAGCCGAGGGGCCAGGACCGAGAGUUGGGCACGCAAGUUUGCUCGUUGGUAACGCCUUCAUCGUCUAUGGAGGUGACACCAAAGUCGAUGAGAUGGACGUCCUGGACGAGACGCUCUAUCUUCUCAACACCUCUACGAGACAAUGGUCGAGAGCAUUGCCCGCUGGCACCAGGCCUUCUGGCCGCUACGGCCACUCUCUCAACAUACUCGGAUCCAAGAUUUACAUCUUUGGCGGUCAAAUCGAGGGCUAUUUCAUGAACGACCUCGCUGCUUUUGACCUUAACCAGCUCCAAAUGCCCAACAAUCGGUGGGAGAUGUUGAUUCAGAACACCGAGAGUGGCGGACCGCCCGUCGGCAAAAUUCCAGCUGCCCGAACCAACCACUCUGUGGUUACUUACAAUGACAAGAUGUACCUCUUCGGUGGUACAAACGGUUAUCAAUGGUUCAACGAUGUUUGGAGCUACGAUCCCGCCACGAAUGAAUGGACGCAACAUGACUGCAUCGGCUAUAUCCCAGUCCCUCGAGAGGGCCACGCUGCAUCAAUUGUCGACGAUGUCAUGUACAUUUUCGGAGGACGAACGGAAGAGGGUGUUGACCUCGGAGAUCUCGCCGCCUUCAGAAUUACUUCGCGCCGCUGGUACACCUUCCAGAACAUGGGCCCUUCACCCUCUCCCCGAUCCGGUCACAGCAUGACCACCGUUGGUAAGGCCGUGGUAGUCGUCGGAGGCGAACCAUCUUCGUCCCCCGCCAGCGUUGGCGACCUCGGAAUAGUCUACAUGCUCGAUACGACAAAGAUUCGAUACCCGAACGAUGCGGCGGCAGCACAACAACCUAAUGGACCUCAGGCGAAUGGCCAGCAACGCCCACAACAGGCGAGGCGGCCCAGUGCUGCAGCUGAGACGAGGAAUAUCUUAUCACGAGACGGUUCCCAGGGUCCUCCUGAUCAAAAACGACUAGUAGGCGCCCCUGGCGCACCUCGCGAUGCCUCCGCCGUCAACAGCCCCACAAACGGCGUGCGAGGAUCUCCCAACGGAACGGACGCGAACCCGGCGGCAGUCAACAACAUGUCGAAACUCCCCAGAUCUGCAGUGACAUCGCCCCCGGCUGGCCCCCCGCCCCAAGGACCAACACCUGCAAAGCCUUCAGUUCAGACUGGAAACUUGGGAAGAGUUAGGGGACAGUCAUCGGAGAGAGAUGGAUCUGUAGGUGGUUCACCGCAGAUUGCUGCAGGCCAGUCCCCCGUAAUACGUGAGGUUAAAGAGCCAGCGUCCAAAGACGCAGAGAGCCCAGUCACCAAUGGCCGACGUACUCCUCAACAAGUCACAAGAUCUGGCUCCAAGUCUGAAUCGGGUCCUUCUGAGCCUUCCAAGACCAGGUCUAGGCAAGGUAGCAGGUCUCAGACCUCCGUGGAUAGUACAACUGAGCCAGCUUUGAAGGCAAUGCAGAUUCAACAGCAAGCUCAAAUUCAACCACCACCUCAGACGCAAGCACCGCCGCCUGCUCCAGUUCAACCUCCUGCUCAGGCACAGCCGCCGCCACCAACCCAGAAGCAGUCGCCGAUCCAAGUGCAGCAACCUAUCCGCCCGGCCUCGCCACCGGCUCCCACCCGUCAAGCCAGCAAUCCAUUGUCCCGACGAUCCUCUGGCCGCACCUCACAGACUGUCGCUAUACUGAAGGAGUUGGAUACAGCUAGGAACCGCAACGCUUGGUAUGCGUCUGAGCUUGAGUUGGCCCGUAAGGCUGGCUAUGUUCCCAACGCAAGCCUCAGCCCUGUUCUUGACAGCAGAGCCGCAGAGACUUUUGAUGACGAGGACAAACCCCUUAUCGAGGCUCUUUUGGCCAUGAGAACCGAGCUCGCCAAUGUUCAGGCAUCCGUUGACAAGCAAGCCAUUCUCGCUGCGAAACAAAUCGCCGAAGCAGAGAAGCAGCGAGACGCUGCAAUUCAAGAGGCGGUAUAUGCUAAGGCAAGAGUCGCAGCCCAGAUGGGUGGGAGCGUUGCAAGCACUCCUCAGCUAGACGGCGAACGAGAUGUAGAUGACCGUUCCACCGAGAUCAGCCGCAAGCUGGCUUCUGCCCUGAACUAUCAAAAGGACCUCCAAGCCCAGCUUGAGAUGAUGAAAUCCGAGCUUGAAGCUGAGAAACGCGCCCGCCUCUUGGCCGACGACACCACCAAUGCUUCCCAGAAGCGCAUGAACGAACUCGAGUCCUACAAGACAAUGACUUCUACCGAACUCGAGCAGCUCAAGGCCGAGCUGCACAUGGUGCAGAAAGAAGCUAGGGAGCAGGCUGUUCAAUACACAGAGGCCAUGGCUGCGAUUCAGCUCAUGACCGUAGAGAAGGACGAGUACGAGAAGAAAUACAACGAUUCCAUCGGCAGCUCUAAGGAGCAAAACGAUACCUUCGACUCUCUCCGUACCGCCAUGGCUGCUUCCGCAGAGAUGAAGGCGCUUUUGGAGGGCAAGCUGGAGGAGGAGCGCUCUCAAAGAGAGCAACUCGAGUCCAAGUUCAACAAGCUCAAGGCGGAACACGAAGCGCGCACCACAGAGCUCGUAGCUGCAACUCAGCGACUGCGUGACGCUGAGGAGAUCGCCGAAAAGCACGCCAACGAAGCCAAACUCCACCAGCAAGCUGUGCUGGCCGGAUUCGACAAAGUCACCGCGAGGAAUAUCGGAUCCGACGGCAAAGCCGACGAGGGACGUGCCAAGGCAUUGCAGGCCCAGCUCGUCGCUGCGAACGCGCUUGUUAAAAAGUACCAACAAGAGGCCGAUGCUGCGGCUGAUAAGCUUCGCACUGCGGAAGAGCGCAUUGCUGGAUUGGAGGUCUACCAGGAGCAGUCCAGUCGCGAGGGUGUGGCAAUCAGGAGACAGCUCCAGGCGGCUCUCAGGGACACUCAAUCUCUGCAGGCUAAGAAUUCAGACCUGAAGCACCAACUUCAGAACCAACAGCUGGAGACCAACGCGAUGACCGUGCAACACAACACCCUCAAGGAUAUCCUCGUGGAGCGUGGCAUCAGCCCCACGGGCAUGUCACGGACCCGAAGCAUUGGCAGCCCGCGAGUGAACACUCCCGAGGCGGCCCGCAUUCGCGAUCUUGAGGAUCAGCUCAACGCCGCGUUGACCGCCCACGAAGAGAAUGCACAGCGCAGCACAGCUCAGCAGGAGGCCAGCGAAGCUGCGUACCGUGAAAAGCUCAGCCAAUUAGAAAACGACUAUCAGUCUGCUGUGCACUACGUCAAGGGUACGGAGAAGAUGCUGAAGCAACUCAAGGAGCAGCUCGCCAGGUACAAGACCGAGAAUGCCAAGCUCAAGAACGAGGUCAUCGAGCUUGAGGAUCGCGUGGAGGCAUCCGCCGGCAACGACGGAAAUGCGCCUGCCAGCUGGGAAAGCGAACGCCACAUUCUCCAGGAGAAGAUUGAGGCCCUUGAGGAGGACUUGCAGGCGUCCACGGAGCAGCUUGAAUCUCAGCUCACUGCGGUCAGAAAGGAACUGGAGGAUAGCAAGAAGCAACGCGAGGGCGCUCUCAAGGACGCUGAAGAAGCUUCCCGCAAACUCGCCGCCAACCGCCGGGACUUGGAGAGCCUCCAGCAAGAGAACCUCCUCCUCGAGCGUCGCGCCCAGGAUGCCGAAGGCAAGGUCUCGCUGCUUCUCGACCAAGUCGAGAACUCAGUCGAUAGCUACCGCCGGCAAAGUAGGCAGGCACCGAGCAUGACCUCUGACCUGACCGAGAGGGGUACCAACGGCAACAGCGCGGGACACCGACGACAGGACAGCUCUGACGCGGACAGCACCUACGGUGCAGUCGCUGGCGGAGUCGACGGACGCAAUAGCACUGCGUUAGACAAUCUGGCCGAUGAGCUCGAGACUCUGCGCACCCACUGGGAAGCCACCAACAAGAACUACCGUCUCAGCAACACUUUUGACUUUGAGGGCGCCGCGACCCCUACUCGUAAGGACGAAGAAGUCGGACUUGGCCUCAGCGAAAGCCUGGCCGACUGGCGCAAGCGACUCGACGUAGACGAACAAGCCGAGAACGACCGAGCGAAGACGAAAAGCCGACCUGACCGGCCUUAGUCUGGCGUUCUGCGACGCAUGAACUCUCGCUUCUCUACGUGACAACCUCCGGCGUUCAUCACUACACUUUCUGUACAUUCUUUGACUGCACACGGUCCGCCGCGGUUUGCAGUCCGCAGUUGGAAGGAGUUUUCGGAUUUUGGGGAUUUGGUUUCGACGCGUGGGCUCUGUUCUUCGUUUCGCAAUGAUUCAACGUACUCAUGACGAAACAACCUUCGCUUAAUUCCCCCGCCCUUUUUUCAUCGCGUUUCCUUUUCUUUUUCUUUCUGAGUUCAUGGAUUUCUCAUUUUUUGAUGAUACACUACACACAACCAUGACCACUGCUUGCUUGUUCUUCGCCGUGGACGUACGAGAGCAGGCCAGGCGCACAAGGGUCACUUCUAUUCUUUGAGAUGGGUGGAUGACACUAUCAGAGAGAUUGAGCACACGUGCCCAGUUGCCUUUUUUUUUCUUUUACCAUAAUGUACAAUACUGUUGUUUUUUUCCUGAGAAGCCUCAUCUUGACACUGAAGGGUCCCAUCCCCUUCACGUCAAGAACAUGGGGGAGGCAAAAAAAUGAAGAGGAAGGCGCGCGCGCAGGACGUUUGAUGACUGAUCAACGAGCGGAGCGGGGCUGGCUCAGAGGGACAAAAGAUAACGACAAUAAGCGAC